AUGUCAUCGGCAACCAUAAGUUAUAGCACCUUAAUAUUUUACGAUGUUAGUACACGAACUGCAGACAGAGUAAUUACAGCAAUGAUCAGGAAACAUCUUUCCAAUGCACAUUGGACAAUCAAACGAGGAAUUCCUUAUCGUAAAAAUGGUGAAGAAUGUCAACGUAUUUACAUCACUUUUGAUCAACCAGAAAGUGUAGAUGAGUUUAUGCAACAACGAACUUUCCAACUGAACGGACAACUUCUGAAAGUGACACGAACUCUGCCAAAAUCAUGUCGACUCUCUGAUCGAUAUGGUACUGGUCUGAAAAUAAAGAUACAUGCAUCUGACAACAAUCCUACACAUAUCGGAAAACUCAAUGAAAAUGAUUUGAAAAAAUAUUUUCAACAGUUUGGUGAAAUUAUAAGUUGCAAAUGGACAAAUACAGAUCAAACUGAAGCAUUAUUUACAUUUGCACAUUACGAUUCAGUUGAUAAAAUCAUUCUCCGCAAUCUAUCACCGGAAAUCAAAGGAGCAAAAAUUUCCCUUGAAAGAACUCGAACAGCUGAAGAUUAUAUAGCUCAUGAACUUUCCUAUGUCAUUCAUGUUACCAAUCUACCAUUUCGUGUGACAAGCGAAGAAAUAUCCAAGGUUUUUAAAGUUCCUAUUGGUGUUAUUCUUCUAUAUCCUUGUUUUCGUCUCGAACAAUCUCGUAUCGUCGAUGGACGAUCAUCGAGUGAAGCUCGGAUAACAAAUUUCACUAAUGAAAAAUUAGCACAAUCGUUGGCUCAGGAAAAAACAGGAAUGUUGAUAGGUACGAACAAAAUUCAAUGCGAAGUUAUGCUUGAAUCCAUCAAUGAUGAAGAAUUGUGCGAACGUUUUCAAAAAUGUCAAUGUCCAUAUUCUACAGAUACAUGCUAUUAUAAACAUAUCACUUGUUAUGAACCAGAUACUUGUGAUGAUAAAUCUUGUUGGUUAGGACAUAGUGACAAACGCACAACAAUAUCUAAUAAUAAUCGACCACAAUAUCGUUCAGAAGAUGCACCAUAUCGUGUCAAAAUUAGUAAUCUUCCUUCAAAUAUUACUCACGAAGAUCUGAUGAAACGAUUGAAGAUUCAUCCAAAAUCUUCACAUCAUCUGAUUCUUCAACCAGCAGAACAGUGUUCAGAAUUUCAUCAUCGUCAACCACCAUCAGAUAUAUCGAGCUGGUCAACACGAUGGCAAUGGACGAAUCAAAUGAUACCAAAGGAAGAGUCUGAUUGUGAUGUAUUGUAUUGGCUUGAAAGUGAAUCUGUCAAAGAAAAAAAUAUUGUGAUAAAAAUUUAUUUGCCACAAACCAACCAAACAGCACGAAUACGUGCGCAACGUGAACAAAUUGCACUUGAACGUCUUAAACAGUUAAUCUGUGUACCAAAAUUGUUGCGUAGCAAUGUUCAUUCUGCGAAUGAUGAUCAAUCAAAUAAAGAAUUUUGGAAUAUCAUGAGAUUCACUGAUGCUGAAAGGCUUUCGGAUUAUGUUAAAAACAACAAAGCUGAUCUUCGAGAAGCAUUGAAAAUCGCUCAACAACUUCUGACUAUUAUUAAGCAAAUUCAUGCUCAAAAUAUUAUUCACCGUGAUAUUCAACCUAAAAACAUCCUAGUUCAAUAUCGAUCGAAUAGUGAUGAGAUCAGUUUGAUUUUGAUGAAUUUUAGUUCAGCUUGGAUCAAUAAUUACCAAUGGGCAAAUUCUGAAGAAAAUAUUGAUGUUGAGUUAGGCAAUAGCUUUUAUCAAAUGCCACAAUUUGAAAAACGACAAAAUGAGAACAAUGACGAGCAACUCAGAGAAUAUCAAUGUAGUCCUAAAAUUGAUACUACUGGUGUUUGUGCCAUUCUCUUUUGGUUGAUCACAAAUCAUGAACCCAAAGAAUCCAAAAAUAUAGACAAACAAGCACCACACAAGUUGCGUGUGAAUUCAAAAUUCAUCGAAAAAAGAAUUAAUGAAGCAACAGCUUUUCGUGUGGGAACGAAGAUUCCUGAACACAUAAUGAAGCAUCUUACACUUAUAUUUGAUCGUGGUUUUGGUGAUCCUAAUCAACAAUGGUCAGUAGAUGAACUUGACUAUCAACUUCAAUUUAUGUUUACAUUAAUUACAAAUGAAAACGAACAAGUCAAUUAUUUUCCUGCUCCUCAAAUCAUGAACGAUAUCAUUUUAUCGCCUACUAUUCCAUUGGAAGAUCCUUUCGUCUAUGUUGUAUCAUUGAUUCAUCACUUGAAACAUCAAUUUGCGACUCGUUAUUCAAAAUGUGUUCGUUGGUCGACAGAUAAAAAAAAUAGUUGGAAUGCUCAAAAUGGACGCAUAGAAAACUACGAUUUACUAAUCUUUUCUUGUCAAGAAAAAAAUUUUCCAAUUGAUAUCAAAUGGGAUGUUCAACUCUUGCAAGAACAAAACUUUUUAUUUUAUGUUAAAGCAAGAACGGACAAUAAGAUCAUUAUUGAAUUACCAUUGGGUGUAUGGAAGAUAAAUGAACAAACAGCGACUUUUGAAGUUCAUCUACAGAAUUUUGAAAUGGAAAUUAAAACUUUAAUCAAUAUUCUUUUUAAAUCUAACGUACAUUAG